GCUGAGCGGGUCCCGCCGGGGCUCCAUGGGCUGCACCGGCAGCGCCCUGCGCUGCUGCCCCGUCGGUGCCGAGAGACAGCUAAAAGCCCAGCAGCAGAGGGGAUCGUCUUCCCAGGAGCUCUCAGCCUUGAAGACACAGAAUGCCAAGGCCUGCCUGCUUCCUGAGCACGGCGAGAAGGCAGCGCGGCCUGAGGAGUGGGCGGAGAGCGCAAGAUUCCUCCGAGGCCAGGAGGAGGAGGAGGAGGAGCAGGAUGCCGGCCAGGCAGGCACUGCCAGCAUCUCCCAGGACAUCGAGAUCCAGGUGGAAAAGAGAAAAGAGUGGGAGCUGAAGGAACAGCUUGAUGCCCUGAGGAGAGAGCACACAGAAACCCUGCAAGAGAUCCAGGGAGCACACGAGCAGGAGAAGCUGCUGCUGACAGAGUCCCACCACAGGUCUGAGGCAGCCUUACAGGAGAAAAUUCAGGCACUGAAUUCCCAGCUGAAAUCCUUCCAGGACAGGAUGAAGCGGGUGGAGGAGUCACUCCUGAGAACAGACUACAGGAAGCACAUCCAGGAGCACGGGAGCCCCAGCCCGUUCUGGGAGCAGGAGCUGGAGAGCCUGCACUUCGUCAUCGAGAUGAAGAACGAGCACAUCCACGGCCUGGACAAGAAGCUGCUGCACCUGGAGACCGUGGAGGAGAGGAACCUUCAGCUGGAGGAGAAGGUGAAAACUCUCCAGCAGGAGAACGAGGACCUGCAAGUUCGCACCCAGAACCACUUGGUCAUGGCGAGGCAGCUCUCCGAGGAGCUCCAGGCGGCCCGCGGGGCUCUGGAGAAGGAGGCGCAGCUGCUGGACCAGGCUCGCCGGGAGAAGGAGGAGCUGCUGUACCGAGUGCUGCACGCCGGGGACGGCGCCGCCUUCCCCAUGGCCACCGGCGAGGUGCCCCUCAUCGCCACGUAGCACCGGCGGCACCGGGGACUGCGGGGCUGCCCUGCGAGCCCGGGGCUGCUCUCACCGGGGCUGCUCUCACCGGGGCUGCUCUCACCGGGGCUGCUCUCACCGGGGCUGCUCUCACCGGGGCUGCUCUCACCAGUGCCCCCAGUCGGGGCAGGGCUCUGGGCUGGCCGAGCCCUCGGGGCGCCUCACGGACCGCAGUGAUGGAGCCUUUCACGGCAGUGAUGGAGCCUUUCACAGCAGUGAUGGAGCCUCUCACGGCAGUGAUGGAGCCUUUCACGGCAGUGAUGGAGCCUUUCACAGCAGUGAUGGAGCAUUUCACAGCAGUGAUGGAGCAUUUCACAGCAGUGAUGGAGCAUUUCACGGCAGUGAUGGAGCAUUUUACGGCAGUGUUGGAGCCUUUCACGGGACAUUUACUCCUGCAUUUCCCCAGCCCGUGUGGGGCUGCAAAGGGACCCUGGCCUCCCACGCACGCAGUCCCUGCACCCUUUGCUCUGGUGAGGGGGUGUCUGGGGGUGAAAGGGGUCAGCCAGGACACACAGACUUGCUUUGGGCCAGAUCUGACCCAGCACUUGGCUCUGAAUAUAAACAGCACCAGUGCUGCCCCAGGGCAUGAGGACAAUGAGGAGGCCACUAGGACAAGCACCAGGAGGAUGAGGAGGGCACUGGGGACAUGGUGUUAACGUCACCAGGCAGGGCUCCCACCCUACUAUUCCCAUCACCUCCUCCACCUUCAGCAAAUGUCCCCCAGGUACAGCUCCUGCAGCUCAGGCAUGUCCCAGCUCACAAAGACCCCAAGCCCUACUUGUCCCUGCUGCCCAUCAGCAGCACCACCAGUCCCAUCUCCUCCCCCAAAAGCUGGAGCAGCACAUCAGGGAGCAGAGCAUCCUCCAGGGGUACCAGGCUUUGGCAGGUCACACCCUCUGCUCCAGGCAGGGCAUCCCCAGCAGGGAAGGUGCUGCCAGCAAGGCUGAGGGUCAGGGCUUGGAUGCACACAAGCACUUUCCCCUGGGUGCACCAGUGUGGUGGGAGUCACUGCUCUGGGGCUGUCACAGGCUGUCCCCUCCCUCCCCAGUGCUGUUUAACCAGAGGUGUACACGUGUGUGUGGGUGGGUGUGUGUGUGUGUGGGUGGGUGUGUGUGGGGGUGUGUUUGGGUGUGUGUAGGUGUAUGGGUAUGUGUGUGGGUGUGUGUGUGCACCAGCCAAGAUGCUGCUGGCUGUAGGGAUUACAGAUCUGCAAGACGCAGCAGCCUCAGCAAUCCCAUGUCAGUGGUUUGGGGGACAAAGUGGGGGGUUUGUGUUCUCCACACCCCAUACAGUGGGGAGAAGGGGAAGGGUGGGAGCUGGACCACGAAGUCUCAACAAAGAAGCUCCAGAUGAGGGCCUCAAGGCUGAUCCCCAUUUUCCUGCUCCUUUUCCUCCAUUUCAAUGAGCUCCCAGCUCAGGGCAGACCCGGGCCCUCCCAGCAUCAGGGCCACUGCAUCAGCCACUUCCGUCCUUUGUGCUGACCCUAAUCACAAACACAGCAGCUGAACGGGCAGCCAGGAAGGCAACGUGGAUGUGGGGUCCAGCUCUGACCCACACACCCCCAUGGGGUGGCCACAGCGGGAAAUGGGGGAGCCUGUUGUGUCACAACCACGUCCCACCAGGGCACCCUCUGCUCCCCACACCAUCUGUGCCCCCCCCAGGUGCUGUAACACAAAGCAGGGAUAGCCCAGCAAAGCCUGCCUGGCUAUGGCUGGAGGGAUCAGGAUUCUGGGACAAAGGGAUGUGAGCUGGUGGGCUCUGGGAUGCUGCUCUGGACACCUGGUACCACAUCCCAGAGCCCCACAGGCAGAUCCUGCGUGGGACUUGGAAGAAUGUGCCCCGACUCUGGGAAAGGGGACACCGGGAACUGAGGAGGAGGAGGAAUAAAUGAGUGCAGAAAAGGACUUGCACACUGUGAAGGGGGAAAGCCUGGAUCAGGCUGUCAUGAGGGGGAUGAUAGCAGCUCAGGCUGGGUGCCCAGGUGAAAUGGAGGGUCAGGGCAACACGAGAGGCCUGUCCACCUCAUUGUGAGCAGCUGAAGGAACAGGGUGGGCAAGGGGCCUGUGGGGGGCUGCAGGGAAAGGUUUCAAAGGAAAAAAAAAACCACAAAAACACAGCCCAGUAACAACAGCAAAA